UAAGACCGCGCCUCUCCUUCUCGGCGGAUGCCAGCUGAGCGGCGAGCGAGCAAAAAGGUGAAAGCGCUCCGCAAACGACCCUUAGCAGAAAAACUCAUUUUGUGAUGAGCUGAAUCAAGCUGCUCAUCCUCGUAGUGGGACGCCGCCAUGCUGAUCCUGGCGGGUCUACGCUUCCCGCGGCUCCCCUUGACAGCGUCGCGCGGCUCUGCCUUCUUCAAGAAGUCUCCUCUUCGUCUUCAUCCUGCCGCCCGCUCCUCAAGUCUCCGCCGCCAUCUGUCCUCGGGCGGCGUGGAUCCGAGCUGGUACGAGCAGGCGGCGCGCUCGGCGCCCGUGCACCUGGCUGAGGAGUUCCUGGUCCAGGUCCAGCAGACCACCGGGCUUCCCUGGUGGCUCAGCAUCGCCGUCAGCACCCUGAGUGUCCGGACGGUGGUCACGCUGCCCCUCGCCGCCUACCAGAUGCGCGUCCUCGCAAAGGUGGAGGCGCUGCAGACGGAGAUCGCGGCGCUGGCCAAGCGGCUACGGUCCGAAGUGUCGCUGAGGGCCAGCGAGCGAGGUUGGACGGACAAGCAGCGGAGUUUCCAGUUCCGGAAGAAUCUGCGGCGUCUGGUGUCGCAGUUGUAUGUGAGGGACAACUGUCACCCUUUCAAGGCCUCGCUGCUGGUUUGGGUCCAGCUGCCGCUUUGGAUCGGCCUCUCGCUCGCCCUCCGGAACCUCAGCGCGCCGCACUCGGCGCUCGAGGCCUCCUUGGCCACGGGGGGCGCUCUGUGGUUCCCCGACCUGACGUCGCCCGACUCCACGUGGCUCCUGCCGCUGGCUCUGGGGCUGACCAAUCUGCUCAUCGUGGAGCUGUUCUCCCUCCAGAGGUCGGACGCGUCGUCCGCCCGCAAGGUGGUGACCAACGCCAUGCGAGGUCUGUCCCUGCUGAUGAUUCCCAUCGCCGCUGGCGUCCCGUCGGCGAUGGCGCUCUACUGGUGGUGCUCCAGCCUGGUGGGCUUGGGUCACAAUCUUCUGCUUCGCGCUCCUGCUCUCCGCAAGAUCCUCAAACUUCCCACGCGGCCUUCCGACACGCCGUACAAAGACCUGAUGGACGCCGCCGUCAGGAAGUACCGCAAGUAAACGGCAAGUCAUUGGCGGAGCAGUGGCGCCAAAGCGCACCGCCGACCGAGUCUGGGUUCUGCCUCUCUUCCCCGAAAAUCUCUGGAUGCCUCUCUGCAAAGUACGCAAGUGAACAGGAAGUUGCCUGCAGCCCGACAGGAAGCGCAUGUGUGUGUGUUUUGGACUUGUUUUGGACUGGCUGACCCGAGCCAGGACUCGUCUUCAUUUCCCGUGGGCCAGUUUCUAUGAUGUGCAGGCAUCAAUCGGGACCAGCAAGAAUUUGCAGCUGCUCCACAAAGUGACUUGGCCGUUUUGUUGAAACGUUUUGAACUUUUGAUGCCGCUACUCGUUUGGCGGGCUUAGAAAUGAAACGGCCUUUGUUGCGAUUGAGGAGUCGUGAACGGACGCGAUCGCUUCGUUCACUCCUCGCAGACUUCCGACUCAUUCUCUACCGCUGACGCUGGAUCUCAAACCAUAAAUCGACUUCUCUCCCUUCAUCGCA